UGAUAUUGAAAAAUUUGUGGCAGGCGCUGCAUCUUCGCUCUACACAUUUGAACGACACUAUGAUGCCUAGAUAGUCACUGAUGGAAAUUCGGAGUCUUUCGUGGCGCGUACGUUGCAUUAUCUGUGGUGAGUGUCUAGCGUCAUGGCUUGAUUCGAGGGUGUCUCAAAUUAGGGUCUCAGUCAAAAUAUGCAGGGAACUCUAUGGAUCAGGCCCGUUUUGACUAUUCGGCCUAGAAAGUAAGACAGAGGAUUCUCUCUAUCUUCUGUUCUAUUCUCCGUCGUUAUUUAUCUCGCGCAUUCUAUUUCACUCGACUCAUCUUGCGCCGCUAGAGGAGUCGACAUCUAUCCCAUUCUAGCUCAUUACUAAGAAGCAUAUAAUUUCCUCUUAAACCCAAAAAGGCUCUCUACGAUGUAUGGAAUUACAGCUCUCGGUCUUUGCAAAUGUCUACCUACCAGAUGCCCGACUCGAGGUAUAAGCGCCUUUCAUUUCGCGCACCAGAUUAUGGCCUUCUCUACAACCUACACAAACGCAUCUUCCCCGUAAUCCUUACGAUCCUCAUUAUUAUCGCCGUCUGUGUCGUCCUCGCCUACUCCCUAAGUAGCCGCGCCAUUCCACGCCAGUUCGUUGUCGGCAUGUGUAUUACCUUCUCCAUCCUCGCCGUGCUCUGGACAGUCGUAUGGGCGAUCAGCUGCUGCCGGCCCAAAUGUGCCGGAAAACACAACCUCCGCCUUGAGUCUCCCGCCGCGGAACCUACGCCAGCACCCGAGACGGCAGCUCCAGAAUGGGAUGGUUUAGGCCCUGGUGAUUUCUACGACCGGCCCAAGCAGGCGCUGGCAGUGACGAGGCGGAAGCGGGAGAGUUCGAGACUGGGCGAUUUAUAUUGUCAGGUCAAGCAGCUGAUGAAAGUCUGGGCGGACGAGCAUUAUCCGCGCUAUAUGUAUAGUGUACGAACAAGAGCACCGGCACACGCAUCACGGGAAAGAGACCUGACUGUCAGUCGUUAUGCUCCGCACAAUCGAUAUGAUAGGUGGCGAGAGGAUACAGCAGAAAGCGAAGGUAUGCUUACACUACGACGAAGAAGCUCUUUGAGUCUCUCCGAUUUAGGAAUGACAAAUGCUGAAGCAGAAGACCUCUACCGCCGGCAAAGGGAUAGGGAUUACAGGGCUGCUCGAGACGAUGGGCGGCGUCGUCAUCAUGCGUACUGUGAGACUGAUGACAACCGGUCCCAAAAUUCGGAUAAUAUGGAGGUUGAACCACCACGGGCUGUGUUGAGGCAGGAGAUCCACCAUUACAAUGUCGCGCCGAGGGAGCUGGACCGGGUGCUGAAGGAGAAAAAUGUGUAUGUGAAAGUACCUGAUCCUGCUCACAGUGCGCGGAGGUGAGAGGUGGGAUGGGGGUUGUUCUGUAAGAAGGAUGGUGUACCGGCGCUCGACUUGGAGUAGAUGAUGUUGGUGGCGAUGUGGAGUUGAUAUGAUUUGUUUGUUUGGGUUUUUAGUUGAUUGGAACUUUGGAAAGGCUUGGGGAAUGGAAGAC